AUGGCCGCCCCGCGGCCGGCUCGCGACGACGAUCCCAACAUAACCCUUGUCACGCCCAAACCACAAGAGAAUCGCGCUGCCUUCACCACCAGCUCUCAAAGUGCCGCUGGUCCCGUGGAGAAGAUUCAUCAGUUUGUUGCUCAGCAGGGCCGUUCCAACUCUGCUCGCGCCCAAAGCAACGACCCCAUGGCCACGGACGUACGCAAUUACCUGCGCCAAAAGCAGAGCUCGGGCUUCUUCGACGAAGCCAUCCACCAAGACUCUCCCCAAAUGAACGUCAUUGAGCUGGUUCCCAACGCUGAUGGAGGCUUCGCUGUCCAGUACACCAAGCAGGAAGUUGUUUUGUUGGUCAACCAUGAUGGCAACGUCAACUCGUACCCGUUGGCACUCACCGACAAUGACAUUCGAAUCUCGGGAAGCUUGAAUGUCUUCCCCACCCUCUCUGCUCUCAUUGCGGCCUACCAGGAAAGCGCACGAGACCUGAGCAUUCAGCUCUUGGACAGCCGCAACGCAGCUGUCAUCCCCCGGGAGGGCGAGGCCAACGUGGGCCAACCCAUGCGCAUCGCCGACGUUUGCGCUUGGCAUGCUUUUGCCCGGCAAAAAGUUGACGGCCUCGUUCUUGCCGAGCUGACCCCGCAAAUGCUGCAAGAGCGAUUUGGCAUGAUGCAACGGGAAGCCGACGAGUUCAUCGCUGAACGCGACGCUCUCGAUCGAGGCCGCAUCACACUCCCGCUGUUUGUCGAACGCCAUCGCCAAACAUUCUACGUACGCGAAACCAAUGGCCGCCUGCGGGUAUUUGAUGCUGAUACCAACGAGGAAGUCUACAAAAUGACCGACCAGAUUCUGGCCAGCCUGCGCGAGACACACCCGCAUUUGGCCAACAGGUUUGGCUGCCGCUUGACACUCGUGAACGUAGACCCAAUACUGUUUCUGAAUUAUGCCGUUGCUGCGUUGCCUCUCAAGUUGAUGGUCGCAACCAAACUACGUGUGGCUGGUAGGCUGAGUGAGCUCAAGGAGCCAGCCAUUGGCGAAUUCUGCUGGAUGGGUGAUGCUUUAGGAUGGCAGCGGCGCAUGUCCGAUGGCCAGAUGAAGAGUCAAAAUGCCUGGGACAAUGCCGACCUCCGUGCUUGGUUUGAGCACGUGAGUCUGCCCGAGCUCAGCGCCGUUCUAGCCACCGAGACCAUGACGGGUGCCACAUUUGCCAACGCCUCCACGGCGGAUCUGCAAGCCCUUGCAGCCCCCCAUGGCCUUGAAGGCGAAAUUGAACGCGCCAAGGAUCUGUUUCAUUGCCGCGUCAAGCGUGCAGCCAACACCAUGACCUCUGGUGUUUCAGCAGCCGACUCCCUCAACUUGGACUACGUGGACCCCUUUGCCAUGACCGCCACCUGGUACUUUGGGACAGACCAUGUUGCUGCUCUGACAGACUUGGACGACUCUGAGGCACCAGAUGGUGCCUUUGUCGUGUGUGAAAAUCCCCAGCGCCACGGCGAGCUGAUGCUUGAAGUCCUCCAAGACGGCGCCAAUGUUGAUCUGGCCAUCAAGCCAGUAGACUCAGGCAUCCAGCUGGAAGGCACCACGUACAUUGCCAAGACACUCAGCGAACUGGUGGCCUACCACAGCGCCUACCACGAGGAUCAGGAACAGCCGCCUCUGUUGUCACCAGAAACAGAUCCCUUUCGUCAUGAACGCAUGCCUUGGUAUCUCAACUUCACCCCGUCGAUUGAGGAUGUGCAAACCUUGCAAACUCGCCCCGUUGGCUCCUUCCUGUUGCAUCCCAAGAAUGGGUCGAAAGACUUUUGCCUGCAGAUUCUGCGCGGGUCGGACAUUGGCAAAUACUUCAUUCAAAACGAAGAACAGGGCGUGCGCAUCAUGUCAAGCAAAUACGUGUUUGCUACCUUUAUGGACCUGAUUGACUUUUACUCGUUUGUGCCGAGCAAUGAUCUUGCAUUCAAUUUGUACCGCGAUGCCGCUCAGGAGGUGCCCAUUUUGGCGAUGGAAGCUGGUACGUUUUCGAGUCACAUCCUUGUAACGUGUGGUGAAUUGCCCGCUUUGAAGCUCCUCUGCUCGACACGUGGGCGUGCAACUGUGGCUGAUGCGUUGCGAAACCCUUUAGAAGCAGAGGCGUGGCUCUACCCGGAUCUGGAUCGCGAGCGUGCCGAGCAAUUACUGGUCAACAAGCCCGAUGGGACUUUUGCCAUUCGUGACGGCUCAGAGGAGGCGGCUUGGGUGCUCUCCUAUGCAUGCGGGGGCCAAGUGGAGCAUGCUCACAUGGAUGCUGUGGAGACAGGCAUUGGUCUGCGAGACCACGAGGCUCGCUUCCAAACCCUUCAAGCCUUUGUCGACUACUAUUCCUCUUCGAGCCAGCGCGGGUUGCGCUGUCCACUUGGUGAGCUGCUGAGUGAGGAUGCCGAACCCACGCCAAAGCACGAGCCUCUGUCUCGGCGCGACGAAGCCUCGUCCGGUCCCGGUGCCGAAUUGGAGCCCCUGCAAACGGAUGACUGGUUUCACCCCAACAUGUCACGAGAAGAAGCCGAGACCCGCCUUGAUGGCCAGCCCGAUGGCGUGUUCUUGGUCCGCCGUUCGACAACCACCAAUGCCCAUGUCAUCUCCUACGCAGCUGAGAACGAAACACACCACGCACUGGUUGAUACCAUCGAGGACGGCUUUGUUGUGCGAGACUCCAACACCGUUUUUGCUAGUUUGGACGUACUUAUCAACUAUCAUCGCGACCCGAGCCAGGAAAACCUGCUACAUCACCUGACCGUGCCCAUCGCCGUGGCCCCCACCUCUGGUGCAUCCCCCAAUGCAUCCCCUAACCCCCGCCCGAGCGGGCCUGUGCAUAGCGCCGACAUGCGGCGUGAGUCGUCUCAAAACGACCUACAGCCGGGAAGUGGGAUUCUCGGCACGCGUCGCUAUCCUUGGCUCAUGUUGCACCCCCAUUCGCGAGAGGCAGCAUUGGACACGAUUGCCAACCGCGAGGACGGGGCCUUUGUCAUUCGCUCAUCCCAGCGAGUUCCCGAGUGCAUGGUGCUGAGCUUUGUCAAUGGGGAUCGCAUUUUGCAUGAGCUCAUUGUCGUUGACAUUGACGAGCGGGACAACGAGAUUGGCUUGCAUUUGAUGAUCGACGAUCAGCGUAUUUUCCCGGAUGUGCGCUCUCUUGUGGAUUUUCAUUCGCAGCACAAGCGAGUCUUACCCGUGCUUCUGUGUGAAGAUGCGCAGGAGCGAGCCUCCUCCCGCCGUCUGACCAUGGGCGCAGUGUCGAUGGUGGGCGACCGUUCGGCCCGCACUCAAGAAGACGUGUACACCUAUGAAACCGACGCCAACGGUCCUGUCACGGGCUUUCUGCGCGAGACAGCUCCUUGGAUCGUGACUGGCUUGCGCGAGCAGGAUGCCCUCUCGCUCAUCUAUGACAAGCCAGAUGGCACCUUCAUUGUGCGCCCCAGUGACCACGCCCAAGCUAGUCUUGUGCUGUGUUACAUCUUUCAGGGCAUGGUUGAACAGGAGCUGAUUGUGAUGCACGAGGAGGGCUUUUCACUGCGUCGGCACACCUCUCAGACCUUCUCUACCCUGCACGACAUGGUGGCAUAUUACUCACAGUACCAAGCGGUGCUCAAGUGUUGUCUGCGACAGUUUGACUCGGUCUUACAGCUGCAAUCGGCUCAGCAGAGCAACAUGUUUAACCAGCAGCAGCAACAACAGCAAAGCAGUCACAUGCAGCGUGGCCAAAGCAAUAUGCAGCUUGCUUACCCCACAUCAAUGGCACAGCACCGCGAGGAAACACUGACCAUUGACAAGCAAAGACGCAUGUCGCGGGCCAUUUUGCAGAACUCGGGCACGCUGGAUUUCAACAAUACGGUGUUCUUCGCCAAUGAUGAGCCCCAGGCCUCGUCUCGCACCCUGCGCCGCAAUCAGCUGGCCCUGCCGGCUCCCUCUUCAAAUAGUCAACACAACUCCGACGGCCGAAAGCAUUAUCACCAACGUCACCAUCGCCACCAUCACCACCACGGCGGGCAUUCGUCCUCGCAUUCCCGACACCACGAGUCAUCCGACUCACGUGGGCACCGCCGCUACGGCAGCAACUCUUCCUUGUCUUCAGUUUCCAGCGAUGAGGCUGAGCGCCGCCGUCGCUACGACAACGAACGCCGUCGCCGCCAUCGCAGGAGCCGAUAUCAAAGCCAGCGCAGGUCUCAUGCUGACCGUGGCUAUGCAGGGCGCCACGAGAGCCGCCUCAGCUCUGGCCGCUACUCGCGGCCUGAACAUGAUGACUACGGCCAUAAGAGUCAAGGCCGGUCAAGCCGCGGCUACGACAGCCUGGGUCACGGGGGUCGGGGAAGCCACGGCGAAAAUCGCAGCCACUACCAUCACCAUCAUGAACAUCACCGCCACCAUGGUGGCCAUCGACAUUCGCGCGCAAAUGGCGCCUAUCGCGUGUACGAGGAAGAGCCUCGCCGGUACUCACGCCAGGUGUCCGAGGGCACUCAGACCCGGCAGCGCAAGGCCAAUGAAGGGACCCAAACCCGCCCUCGCAAGUCUACUGAAUACACCCAAACGCGUCGCUCGGCCGAUGACACCUUGCCAACGCGUCCUCGCAGCCGAUCCGAGUCAAAACGUCGCUCGUCCAUGGUGAUCAUUGACGAGGACUAUUCCUGGCUUCAGAUGGAUUACACCAAAAACGAAGUCAAGAACCGCGUGCCGUACGAAACCGGCGCCUUUGUAAUGCAUCAAUCCAAGCACAAAGGUCAUGUGGCGACUCUGACCUAUCGCGACAAGAACUGGAAACUGCGAUCAGUUGAGGUGGUCCGGCGUAAGGAUAACCGCAGUAAGUGCCAUCUCGCAAGAAUAGCAUGUGGCACACACAUCAUCAGACCAGCUGGUCUGAUGAUGACACACGUCAGCCACUACGUGGACAAAGCAGGGGUGCAUCGGGCUCUCAAGUCCCCCUACACUCACAAUUUGGCUGCGCUCAUAUCGAUCAUAGUUGCUUUGGCGCACAGCGAUAAAACAUUCAAGGCCAAGCGAGACCUGGUCUACUACUAUGCCGAGAACACGCGCUCCGUGCUCGGCACGCGCUUGCGACUGCCUACCAGCCAAGUCUAA